CCCAGUUGUGCAAUGGAUUCUUGAACAGCAUGCAGAUGCUGCUGUUUCGCCAUGGGUUUUUGGCGUUGCUUUUGCUGGACCUAUGUGUUGCAUGGGUGGGGCCCAAAUUGGAGGGUCCGGCAGGUGAGCAGCUGAUGGAGUGGAUCCAACACCAAAGGAGUUCGCAGCUCUUUUGCCAACUUAUGAGGCAGAGACAUAGCUGUACGUUGACAGAGACCGGUGGUGUCUACUGUGAGGAACGAGGCGAAUGCCUGAAGAACUGCGCAGCGUGCACUCAGGAGAAGGUAGAGGAGCUUUUGGAGAAGGCAAAGAAGGAUAUUGCAAAGUUGAAGGAGACUGCCUCAGGCCCGAAACCUUUGGCUGUCUUCGUGCUGGGCGCUGUGGCUUCGGGCAAGUCCAGCUUUAUCAAGAAGAAGCUGAGCCAAGAGCUCAAGGUCGCCGACUUCGCCGCCUCCGCCGUGCACGUGAACGCGGACGAGCUGCGCGGCGCAGUGCUGGGCUCCUACGAGGUCUACGCGGCGGUGAGCAGCAACGCGGAGAUGGACCUUGGACCGGUCAACCAGGCGGCGCAGCAGCUCCGGCGGGAGAUCCAGGAGCUCGUUCGCCGAGAGAGGGUGAACUAUUUGGCGGACUCCAUCACGAUGCCCUGGAAGGUGGCAGAAACCUUUCAGGAGUCAUUCACAAUUCAGAUCUUCUACCUGAGCCUACCGGGAGUCACCAAUGAAGCCAAGGCGGAAGAAGGGCAAAAGCGCUUGGAUGCACGUGUUCAGCAGGGCGGGCACAAGUCCAGAUGCUAUCCGGAGCAAAUCCGUAGGAGCCAGGCUUCAGCCGAAGCCUUGGAGAAGGAGAACAUGAAGGUCUCAUGGCUCGAAAGCCGAGAUGGAGACUUCUUUCAAGGAGCGCCUUUGCGGAGUCCGUGCACUGACAUUUGGUGGCCCAGCGGCCUUUCGCCACUGGACCGCGAGCGAGAGGCCAUUGGCUUUCUCAAGCGAAUCUUCCUCAACGAUGGAAGCUCUCAGCCCGUGGAGCUUCCCACGCCCGACUUGCAAGGGGUCCUCCGUUUGGAUCCCGGCUUUUCGGUGACGGUUGAUUCCCAGCGCGGCUUUGUGAAGCAUAUCGCCAUGAAAAAGAAGACCGACACCAACAUAACCUACUUGAACUGUGCCUUGCACCACUUUCCAAACCUCUUGCGCCUGAUCCUGGAUGGCUCUGAGCUGUCAGGCCGCCUAGCAGAGUUGGAGCUGCCACGUCAAACGGAACGCCUCCAUUUGCGUUAUUGCCCCCAGGUGGCUGUCCAGUUGCAGGACCUCAAACGCUUUCAACAGUUGAAGGUCGUGAAGCUGGAGGGAUCCAAUGUCUCGGGAUCUCUGGAAGCCUUGAACUUUACCCAUCUAACGUACGUGGACCUGCGCGGCCAUGUGAAAGGAAACUUGUCCAACCUCGCAUUCUCUUCCAAUCUCAUUGGCUUCUGGGCGCAGUUCACCAAGGUCAGUGGAGACAUCAACGCUUUGGUGCGGAACAAUCUCAAGUUGGAGUAUUUGGACCUGCGCGAGAGCCAGGUUUCAGGCUCUAUCAAUGAUGAGUGGAAGGAGUCUGGGCAGUCCUUGAAGGAGUUGCGUUUAUCUGGCUCUCAGGUGAACUUCCAAAUGAGCGAUCCACCCGUGGGGGACAAGAAACCACAGAUGGCGUUUCCCAAGCUGACCAUCCUGGAUCUGAGCAGGUGUCCUCUCAACAUGGAUGUGUGGAAGUUAUUGCUGCCAUUGUCCUACAAUCAUCAGCUAGUGUGGAUGGUGGCUCGCAAGACGGGUUUGUGGGGUGAAGUGAAGGAUAUGAAGCAAUGGCAGAACUUUCCGCUACAAUUUCAUUUCAAGAUUCUGGACCUCGCCUACAAUCGCAUCGAGAACUUGUCGGGAGAUCCGUUGAGUGGUUGCACUUACAAGUUGCGAGGAAAUCCCUUGAAGGAGAUCAACCCCAAGUAUUUCCAAUGGCCCUCGGGCUUGGAUCUACGUGAUUCGAACUUCACCUACGAUAAGAUCGACAAGGACUUUGACACUUUCCUCCAGGUCGACCAAAAUUCCAUGACCGCGGUGGAUAAGAACCUGGUGGAAGGAUGGGAGUGCCGGGGCGUUCAACCGCGGAGUGGCAAGAGCGGUUGCAAGUUGUGGGUCACCGGCGAGACCUUCGCCCCUGAGCGUUUGUGCCGUUGCUCCGCCGGCUGGGCAGGCCAAGGCACGGUGUGCGACGAGUGCGUUAGACCCCUGGAGCCCGACGCCGGGAGCCGCUGCUGCUUGUGCCCUCCAAACCAAAGGCUUGCAAGGCCUGAGUCCCAGCCGGAUGGAGCUCACCAAUGCUAUCGAUGCCAUGGUAAGGGCUGCCUACACCAGAACUGCGAGAACCGGAACGAUUGCAGCAAAGGCUACAAGGGCACGCUUUGUUCCUACUGCGCGGACGACUACUACUGGUCAGCUGGAAUCUGCAAGGAAUGUCAUGUCAAGCGAAGUCAGGCGAGCUGGGCUCCGCUCAUCGUUCUGAAGUAUCUGGGCCUUGCCUUGUUGGUCGCCUCUCUGACCUUCGUCGUGGUGCACUUCGCCGCACGCAAGGGCGACCCCAAGAGCAAGUUCGAUCAGGGCCUCAGGUCUGCUGAACUCAUGGAGCAGGCACUUCUUUUGUUGACCUUUCUUCAGCUCAUGAAGACGGUGAACUCCGUCAACGCGAUCGAUCACCUCAACGGCGAGGACGAGGGUGAAGACACAGAUCAUGUAGGCUCUGCUCUAUGGAAGGUCAUUCAGCUUCGGAUCGGUGAUGUGCUGGACUAUUGCUUCCGCCCAGAGUGUGACUUGGGCUACAUCGCAGGGCACCAGUUGGAGCGCUUGUCCUCGGCAUUUCUCUUGCCCUUCCUUUGUGUGCUGGUGCUCUCCGCUGGCGCCUGCCGUGGGAGCCCGUUCUAUGCCUUGAGGUUUUGUAUCAUCGUGGUGUCCGCGUUGUUCCCGGGGACCAUCGAGGUCACGCUGUCGAAUUUGAUCUGCAUCGAUGCGGACGAGGGGAAGCUGCCCUUGGAGGAGAUGAGCUUCUUGCGUGGCAUGCCCUUUGUGAAAUGCGACGAUUGGUCGGAGUACCACUACCUGCAGGUGACCAUGCGUUUGGCAGUGUUGGUGAACGCGGUCUUUCUUCCUGGGGCGCUCCUGGCCUUAGGCUGGUCAAUCAACCGACAGGUGGCUCCAUUUUGGUCUUCCUGCAGCUGGCAGAAGCCUUCCUUUGGCCUCGACGCUUCCUUUGAGGCGAUCACGCUGCGCUUCGACGCCUCAGGCGUGAAGCGCGAGGGCCGCGAGUCCUUGGGAGCAGCCUUGUCGCCGCUCCUGUGGACAGAGACGAGCUACUUGCGGAUCUGCAUGGCGUCGCACUUGGCCUGCUUGGCCGAGGCCGUCGCCUCCGCCGAGCCACUCCAGGUUGAGAUGAUGGCUCCCGAAGAUGGCAAGGAGUCCAUGACGUUCACCUGCAGCGCCACGGACCAGUGGCGGCGCCUGACGGUGCAGCAGCAGGAGCACUGCCUCCGAGACGCGCGGAGCUAUGCCAUCGGUCUCAGUGAGACCUUCCUGUAUCGGCAUGUGGCACGGGCAGCACUGAUGGAAGGAAAUCUGGAAAGUCUUUGGCUCGGCGCGCGGAACACCUUCGAGCGCUUCUCUGUGUCCGACCCGUUGCUUUUCGUAGGUCUGAGCCAGGUGGCUGUCGCAGCCAUCACGGCCCUUUGCGUGAAGAAGGACUUGGCCACCUUGGGGACGACCUUCUUGUUGUUGGCCAUCGGACUCUUUCGUGGCAAGCCCUUCGGGAGCCGAUCCAGGAACCAGUUGGGCUUCAUCUGCUACCUCAGCUUGGCUGCUUUCUCCUUUGUGCUUUAUCUCUUUGGAAAGGGAAGACAUACCUGGGCAAUCUUCCUCAUCGUCCCUUUGGGCUUCUUCCUCCAUUUGCAGAUGAUGCAGGGAGACGUGAUGCUGCAGGCCUAUAAGCUCUUGGAAGACCUCCCCAACACCGAGCAGCGCGCGUGGACACGCUCAGCACGCCUCUUCCACGUGACGCCCGUGGUAUGGCACAGCGAGACGACGAAGAGCUGGGUGCGACGCCUCUUCGAGACCUACCGUCACCACGCGAGGACGCUCACCGUGAAGGGAGGAGGUCUCCUCCUUCGCUUGGAGGACCUCCUGCUCCGUGGCCUUCGCCGCCUCCUCUCCGCGAGGUCGCGCAGCGCCCAGCGCCGCGUGCGGCGGUCGCGCCAGCCGCGGCGGGACCCGAGGGAGAGUGGAGUGGAGCUAGGGCCAGUGCCCGCGCACUGGUGAAGGAGGGCGAAGAGGGGCACGACUUGACCACUUCGAUGAAACUGAAGAGCAGAAAUAUUGCUGAACUGUUGGACAUGGAGUUUGGGUGCCAUUUCUUUUCCAACUUUCGGAGUGCUGUUUUCACAGCUUGGAAGAAGAGCUGCAGGGGGAGUCGUCGAGCUCCAUUCUCGAUUGUGAACAUCCACAUAUCCUGCAAUUGA